GUCGCUGUUGCCUUUUGCCGCUGCGGUUGCGCGUCCGCGGAAGGGGACGACGAGACGACGCGUCCCCGUCUCCCCUCUCCCCUUCCCUUCCCCGAUAAAAAGGCCGGGCGCCUCUCGUCCGUUCCUCGCUCCUCGCCGAUCAUCGCAACCGCGCCCAUCCAUCCAUCCCCCCGAUUCGCAAGCUCCUUCCCGUCUCCCGGCCUUAGCCCAGUCCCCGCCCUCCGAAAAGCAAGCUCCCCGGCCGCGCCGCGCCACCGCGAAAGAAGGCAUGGCGCAGCGCGACAAGAAGGAGGAGCCCACGGAGCUCCGGGCGCCGGAGAUCACGCUCUGCGCCAACAACUGCGGCUUCCCGGGGAACCCGGCCACGCAGAACCUCUGCCAGAGCUGCUUCUCGGCGGCCACGGCGUCGAUGUCGUCGCCGACCUCCUCCUCCUCCUCAGUUCCCGCGCCGGCCGCGGUGGCUGCUCAGCCGAGGCCGGCGCUGGCAGGCGCGCCGCCGGUGGAGCUGGUCUCCCCGGCCGGCGCGGCCGCUGACUGGCCCGCCGCGGCGGCCCCGGCUCCGGCUCCGGAGGCGGCGAGGGCGUCGGUGAACCGGUGCUCGAGCUGCAGGAAGCGGGUGGGGCUGACGGGGUUCUGGUGCCGGUGCGGCGAGCUCUUCUGCGGCGCGCACCGGUACUCGGACCGCCACGGCUGCAGCUACGACUACAAGGGCGCCGCCAGGGACGCCAUCGCCCGGGAGAACCCGGUGGUGCGCGCCGCCAAGAUCGUUAGGUUCUGAUCGACGACGACAGAAUCAAGAUUCCAUCCAGCAGAGCUGUUCUGUUCUUCAAAGGGAAGGAAGGAGAAACACACACAUCAUAUCCAUGGAAAUGGAAAGGCUUUGGUGUUAUUAUGCUGUUCUUCAAAGUGUUUGAUUUCCAAUCUCCUUUUUUAUAAUUUUUUUCUAAUGGAGAAGAAAAGAAAGAGGGUGGACAAAGAAUAGUGUAAUGAUGGCGGUGAUGCCGCACGGCGGUGGUUGAGGCUGGAAACUAUGAACAAAUGGGGAAUGGGUGUAUGUACCUGUCACACGCAAACUUUGUGCGAAACCAUUUCUCUCUCCGAUUUUCGUACAGGAAACAAAAACAAAAACACCA